CGUCCCGGAAGUGAUUUAGUAUUUUCCAGAAGGUGUUCGUGUUUUUCAUCCUGGCUAACGGGGCUAGCUUGCUCACACCGCCGCUAGGAAGCACAUUUUUCACUUGCUGCUCCUCGUAGGAUAUAGCCGAACUAAAGUAACUCGGUGAAAGUGGUGUCCGACAAUGAUCAUCCCAAUCCGGUGCUUCACGUGUGGAAAGAUCGUGGGUAACAAAUGGGAGGCGUAUCUCGGCCUGCUUCAAGCUGAGUAUACUGAGGGUGACGCCCUUGAUGCCUUGGGCUUGAAGAGAUACUGUUGCCGGAGGAUGCUCCUUGCUCAUGUGGAUCUUAUUGAGAAGUUGCUGAACUAUGCUCCCUUGGAGAAGUGAUUGUUUUUGCCCACCUUCACCAGAACGACGGCCUUGGACGGACUGGACAGGGACAUGACUUGUGACAUGGACAGGCUGAUGGAUGUGUUGUGGAGUCUCUCCACUGUACAUUAUCAGAUUGUCUGUGCCAGUGCAGAGAUGACAUGACAACUACAAUAGUUUUGCAACAUUUUUAGUUCAAGUAUCUUAUUUGAAGAGUGUUUUUCUAAAUAAAGCUGUUAAAUCAGUUA